AUGACUCUACAAGAAACUGAUAAAUUUGCUACCAAGGCCAUCCACGCCGGUGAACACGUCGACGUUCACGGGUCCGUCAUCGAGCCCAUCUCGUUGUCGACCACUUUCAAACAGUCGUCUCCAGCCAACCCAAUCGGCACUUACGAAUACUCGAGAUCCCAGAACCCCAACAGAGAGAACCUGGAAAGAGCCGUUGCUGCUUUGGAAAACGCGCAAUACGGGUUGGCAUUCUCUUCUGGGUCUGCCACCACCGCUACUAUCCUACAAUCGCUGCCACAGGGCUCACACGCGGUGUCCAUCGGUGACGUGUACGGUGGUACCCACAGAUACUUCACCAAGGUCGCCAACGCCCACGGCGUGGAGACCUCGUUCACCAACGACCUGUUGAAAGACCUACCUCAGUUGCUUAAGGACAACACCAAGUUAGUCUGGAUCGAAACCCCAACCAACCCAACUUUGAAGGUCACCGACAUCCAGAAGGUCGCCGACGCCAUCAAGAAGCACGCCGCCAGCCAGGACGUCAUCCUGGUCGUCGACAACACCUUCUUGUCGCCAUACAUCUCCAACCCAUUGAACUUCGGUGCUGACAUCGUCGUCCACUCCGCCACCAAGUACAUCAACGGUCACUCCGACGUCGUGCUAGGUGUCCUGGCCACCAACAGCAAGCCGCUAUACGAGCGUCUGCAAUUCUUGCAGAACGCCAUCGGUGCCAUCCCAUCUCCUUUCGACGCAUGGUUGACCCACAGAGGUUUGAAGACCCUACAUCUGCGUGUUAGACAAGCUGCCCUCAGCGCCAUCAAGAUUGCUGAGUUCUUGGCUGCCGACAAGGAAAACAUCGUCGCCGUCAACUACCCAGGUUUGAAAACACACCCCAACUACGACGUCGUUGUCAAGCAACACCGUGACGCCCUUGGUGGUGGUAUGAUCUCCUUCAGAAUCAAAGGUGGUGCCGAAGCCGCCUCCAAGUUCGCCUCCUCCACAAGACUAUUCACAUUGGCCGAGUCCCUUGGUGGUAUCGAGUCUCUAUUGGAAGUGCCUGCCGUGAUGACCCACGGUGGUAUUCCAAAGGAAGCCAGAGAGGCCUCCGGUGUCUUUGACGACCUGGUCAGAAUCUCCGUUGGUAUCGAAGACACCGACGAUCUUUUGGACGACAUCAAACAAGCUUUGAAGCAAGCAAGCAACUAG